AUAAGCAAAUCGAAGAAGAUCAUGGUUUUGACCGGGGCCGGAAUCAGUUGCAACGCGGGGAUCCCGGACUUCCGAUCGGAUAACGGGUUGUACAAGAGGAAGUUGAAAGAGAGCGAGAGUCGGGUGACGAUCAAGGGGAAGGAGAUGUUUGACAUCUCGGUGUACCGGUCGCUGGAGACGAUCCGGGCUUUCAAUCGCUUUAUCUUUGAGCUCUAUACACAGAUAUCCCAGUCUGCGCCCACGACGACGCACGGGUUCAUCAAGAAGCUACAGGAUAAAAACAAGCUAAUCAAGUGCUACACGCAGAACAUUGACGGAUUGGAACGCGAGUGUGGGUUGAGCACCGAGUUCAGCUGUGACGAGUGGAACAGCACGGACGUCAUCCAGCUCCACGGAGACCUUCACCAGCUAUGCUGCAAUUCGUGCAAGCAUAACUACCGCUGGGAUGAGAUAUACGACGAGGAGGGGAGGGACGACGAUGCCGGCAUCAUCGAGUGUCCGCGGUGCACGGCGAACUACGAGUCCCGUGUGAGGCUGGGCAAGCGGAGCUUGGAGUCCAGCAUCGGGAUCAUCCGCCCGAACAUCGUGCUCUACGGCGAGGAGCAUCCUUACUCGGAGAAGUUUGCGCGCAACCUCAACAAGGACCUGAACCGGCGGCCGAACAUGCUGCUCAUCUUCGGCACAAGUCUGAAGGUGGCGGGCGUGAAGAACCUCGUCAAGAAGAUGAGCAAGAAGAUCCACGAGAACGAGAGGGGGCUCGUGGUGCUCGUCAACAAGGAGCCCAUCAGCAACUCCUUUUGGCGCAACCACAUCGACUACCAGAUUGUGAGCGACUGCGACGCCUUCUGCGAGUUUGUCGAGGCCCGUCUGCCCACUGUGUUU